GUCAUCCAUUUCUCAAGGCACAGUCCAGUUGUCCGUUUUCGUCUCCCUUCCUUUCUCUUUUGUUUCAAACGUCUUCUAGUGUUGUUGAACAGUCCCUCUGACCUACCUUUGUUAUUCGUGCAUUAUCCUUUCCAGUCAUUGUUACUCUUUCUCUGAACUACUAAUCAGUCUGUAGUGGCUACAACGCUCUCUCAGUGAGUAACAAGUAAGUUCAGCAUAGCGCUCUCUCAGUGAAUUACAAGUUCAGCAUAACGCUCUCCUUCUCUCAACGACCUACUUAUUCCAAUCAGCCCACUCAGCCAACGUUUGAAGAAGAUCUUAAAAGGAACGGACAACUCACUCAACAUGUCCAGUCAAGAAGUAGAAGGCUUUGCUCGAGAGGUGCGGCGACGGGGUGCCACACUGGAAAGUCUUCAGGCUGCUGUGCCUCCUGAGCAGCCGCAAUUGUCCUCCACAUCACGUAAAGUGACAUGGAAACCAUCAUCAUCAUUAUGGACACGCUGCUACUCAAUGGGAACAAUGCUGCUUUGUGUGAUCUGCUUUGAGGGUCAGCAUCUUCGUGAUGAAAUCCUCUACACUAUUGUACACUACAUAUUUAGUGUACAUAGUGUAGAGAUGGAUGAGCAAGACGAAACUCACUACAACUGGACACUACUGCACCACUGUGCAUUGCGUGGAAAUGAUCGACUAGCAAAUAUUCUCAUCGGACGUGGAGCUGAUGUCAAUGUGCAGGACAGAGUGGACCGACGGACUCCACUUCACGAGGCAGUCCGCUGGAACAAGAUCAACGUUGUCAAGGUGAUGCUGUCACAUGACAGUGACGGUGUCACCUUGGAUACCACACUGCGUGACGGUGGAGGGAGAACAGCGUUGGACCUAGCCAGGGAAAGGAAUCAUGAGGGAUGUGUGCAGUUGCUGGUGGAUCACGAGAGUGCGAAGGAGACCAAGCAGCUGCAGGCAGGAGAUACUGCUGUUCUGCCAAGUAUCAGUGAGCUCGAAGCAGCAGAGCAGGAGGCAGCCCGGUUGGGCGGUACGACCGUCAUACAUUUCCUGCACGUGGCAAUACUUGGUGCGGCACGCGUUGGAAAGACCAGCUUGCUGAAGGCGUUGCUUGAGAAGAUGCACAAUGAGAAUGAACUCAGCACGCCCGGAAUGCGCACGUCCUACACAACUACAAACAUCUCUGAUGACUGUCGAUUCAUCGAAUGCCCAGACAUGCCAGAUGCUCUGAGUCGACUCUACGUCAUCACCAUGAUGUGCAAACCAUCCACUUCGAAUCAUCCCCAAGACAAAGAGACAACACAAGAUGACAGAGAGAGAGCCACUGCAGGAGAGGAUCCUGUGGCUGGGACCCAUGCAGGACCUAUGGAGGACAGCAGUAGCAGCAGCAGCAGCAGCAGCGACAAACCAGCAAUGCGCGAGGAAAUCCACAAGACCAUCACAGGAUUUCUCAACGCAGACCGGGUAAAGUACAUCUCUGACCGGGCCAACACGCCCGACUAUACUGUCAUCACAUUCCGCGACCUUGGAGGGCAGCAAGUCUACCAAUCCGUGCAGCCCCUCUUCAUGGCCAAAAACACAACCUUCGUUGCCACAUACAACUCUUCUCUGGAUCUUCUAGAGACCCUUCCCAAGCUUGACGAAUUUCAGGUCAGCCGGGAAGAAUGUAUCGAGCGGGCCACUCUACCGGCCAACGCGACUCGCCUAGACCAGCUGCUCGGCUGGCUCGACAUGCUGCUGCUGAAUACAAAAGCUGACAGCAGCACAGACCAGAGUGCUGCAGAUGAUGUGUUUGUAGUGGGGUGUCAGAGUGACAGGUGGAACAAAACCGAUUUGCCUGAUCCUUGUAAGCUACUUCAAGAGAAGAUAAAAGGUACCCCGUACCAGAACCUUGUCUGGAACGAAACUUCGCAUUUUAAAAUUGACAACACCAGAUCCACUGGAAGUGCAGCGCAAGCAGAUGAGCUACAGCGAUUGAGAGAGGCCAUCGUCGACCGCUGCCAGAAGAGCCAACGUAACAUCCCUGUUCCAUGGCUCCGAUUCUGCAUAUCCAUACACACGCUCAAGCAGGAGGUCUCGUGGCCUUGGAUUUCCUUCAAGGAGGCAAAGUUCAUAGCAAAGCAAGUCAAGGCUGUUCCACAUGACUACAGUGACCGGCAAGUACAGCUGCUGCUGAAGUACUGCCACGAAGCAGGCCACCUGGCGUACUUCCCAACUUUCAAGCUGAAAGACACGGUCAUCCUGGAGCCCCAGUUCAUCCUGGACUGUGUCAAUGCCUUUGUCUACAUGAAGCCUGAACGGUACAUCACAAAGAACGAAGUGCAGCGCUAUCGUUCUGGGUUCAUGACGGAGUCCCUGGCACGCAAAGCUCUCAACAAGAUGUUCGAGGGUCAGUCUUACUGCGACCAUGCAAAGGCGUGGCAAGCAGUCAGAGCAAGCAGUGAUGGGUUCAAGCUCAUUUUUGAAAUCUUAGAAUGGCUCUCAGUCCUGGUAAUUGUGCAGGAUGAGAGGUCUGCUGAGCACGAGUUUAUUGUACCUGCAGUCGUCCAGGACAUGGGCACGGUCCCGCAGACGCCUUGUUCCUGUGUCUUCGUGUCCUUGAAGCACACAAACUGCGAUGAGUUGAUGCGCUUUCCCGUGUUCCUGUAUUGGCAAUGCGUGGUGGAGGUGCUGCUUAAGUCACACAAGCGCUCGUCUGCCACACUGUCACGGUGCAGCGUUCGCCUUCGCUGGAACAGAGAUUGGCCGUGGCUGCACCUGCACUAUACACGCUACGGCUUACAAGUGUACGUCGAGUGCAAGGGCCGACACGGCGGUAGCGGAAAGUCUACGCUGGAUGAAGUCCGGGCAAUCGUGCUCACAGUGGUACGGAAGUGGGGCCUGCAGGUCGAAGUGAUCAGCACCCUGCCAUGCCCCUGCGGAGAAACAUCGGGCGAGGAGUGUUUACAGCAUGGCUUAUCUACGUGCCGCGCGCCAAGCUGUGCGCACGCCUUGGACGCUUCCACCCUAGUGGCUGAAGACUACCCACUGUGUACACGUUCAAAUCCGGAUAUACAGAUGAUCCGUGAGCAGGCCAUGUUCUGGCUGGGCCUUGACCAGGAUGCAUGUGGAAAGCUGUUUGACCCGAGAUCGGCCUCUCUUCCUUCAGAAAAUCCCUCUUCUGGCAAUCCUCAUUUACCAGCAUCAGAAGGAACACUCUGCCCAGUAGCAUCACAGCCAGUAGCCACCUCAGCAGUGGCAGAUUCAGUAGCAGCAUCACAGCCAGUAGCCACCUCAGCAGUGACAGGCUCAGUAGCAGCAUCACAGCCAGUAGCCACCUCAGCAGCUUCAGGCUCAGUAGCAGCAUCACAGCCAGAAGCCACCUCAGCAGCGGCAGGCUCAGUAGCAGCAUCACAGCCAGUAGCCACCUCAGCAGCUUCAGGCUCAGUGGUAGCGUCACUAAUAGCAUCACCGGCUGUGGCAUUACUAGUAGCAUCACUGUUAGCAGCAGCAGCAGCCUCAGUAGCAUCAGUAGCAUCUCCAAUAGCAGCAGCACUGGUAGCAGCAGCAGCAGUCCUUGCUGCAGUAGCACUUUCAGCAGCAGCAUCACCAGUAGCACCUUCAUCAGCAGCAGCGACUACAGCAGAAGCCUGUGCCAGUGUGGACAGUAGAAGCGGUGGUCACGGUGCUCGUGGAAGCGGUCAUCACAGCGCCGGUGGAAGCGGUGUUCACGACGCUGAAUUCAUGUCACUUGGUGCCAUUGGUGGAAAGACACUCGAUCAGAUUGCCGACUGGCAUGCGUUUGUUAGCUCGAUUGAACCGUUCAUCGGUGGAGAGGAGGAAGGCGACGAGAGAGCAAACUGCGGUAAGGCGGCUGUGCAGCUAGUGGCUCCAGACUUGACGAACUACUACCCCAACGUGCUGAAGUCGUUUCACAAAAUGAAUAAAGGUAACAUCCGAGGCCCAGGCAAAGGAGAGAACAACCUCUUCUGCAUCCUGUUGUAUCUGAUGCAACGUCCGAGCACAACCGUCCAAGAGCUGUUUAACCUGCUGGCUAAUAAUGCCAAGCAUAGUCGGCGCCGUCUUUUCAGGGCAAUCAAGAAUGCCAAGUACUUGAAACAAUAAGCAGGAGAUGAGGCCUUGUCCAGAGAUGGCAGGGGGGGGGGGGGCAAGCGUCUGCUCUCCGACCCCCAGCAGCUCAGUGCCUCGGCCGGAUCAGAUUAGCAGCCUGGCCGCCCUCCGGUCAGCGUCGUGGAGCCUGAUGUCUUCUUGUGACCGGAGCGUUCGUCCUAGGCAUCAUGGGCGCUGUGUGUUUUCAUUGCCAGUUGGCCUGUGUUACUGUGAUCAGCCCGUGUCAUUUUCCUUCAUCAUGAAUUUACACAUAGCAGUGAUGUUUCUAAUGUCUUGAAGUACACUUGAAACUCACAUGCUAUUUACUUUGAAUUGCAGCUAGUAAAUUUUGAAAAUAACUUGAUAAACUACGACUUUUCAAUACAAGGCAGACAAUCAGGGAAGUUUUUGAAGCUCCUCUCAUUCCCGCCAUGAAUGCAAUAAGAAUAUUAAUUUCAAGACACGCUUGCGUUAGCCUUUACUGAAACUUGACUAACGAUAUUGAGAUCACCAUGCCUCUGUGCAUUGAGCCAAUCCACAUUGAUUUCAUAGAAGCAUAACCUAUAUCUUUGCAAACUUGAUUUUUGUAUCCAAAUUCAAGACUGAAGAUCUUA